AUGUCAGGCAUCCACGAUUCCAGCUUCCGAACGAAUUUCGAGCUCCGAGUAUCGACACCCUCGACGAAUCUCAUCCAACUCCAAUUGCCUCCACCCCAUCGAACCAAUUCACCUCCGAAGGCUCGCAAACCCUCUAAUCCCGCCAAAAUGGUUCAGAUGUACACUAUCGCCGGUCGCCAGGUCGGCUCCCACUACCUGGCCAUGGGCGUUCUCGCGACCAUCUUCGGCGGCGCUUACAUCGGCACCAGCGGCAGCAAGCCCAAGGCCACCGCCGCCCCUCCCAUCAACGCUUCCAGCUCCGAUGAGGCCGACUUCAUCAAGUGCGUCAUUUUGCCCCGGCAACAGGAGACUACGCGCCGUCGUCGCGACGUUCAUCUUUGCUGA